AUGUUUCCAGAAAUCAAAUACGUUCAGGUUGCUAAUGGUGAAAAAGUACCAGUUUUUGGUUUUGGGACCCUUAAGUUACAAACUAAUGAUAGUAUUGUUCAUGUUAAAUACACUGGUUAUUCUCCAUCUAUGGCUUUAAAUAUUAUUAAUCCAAAAUCAUUACUUCAACCUGAUGAUUUUCUUCAAAUUACCGAUUCAACUGUUUUUCAUUCUCAAUUUGGUAUUAUUGGUGAAUAUAAAGAUAUGCUCACUUGCAGUUUGAUUCCUAUUCAAAGAAAUUUGGAUCUGGAGAUAAUUCCUGACUAUGUCUGUGCUACUUUUAUCGAAAAUUUACAUGCUGCUUUAGGACAUCCAAAUACCAAUUCAUUUAGAAAUAUGUUAAAGUCUGCAGGUAUUAUUAAAUAUAAAACAUCUGAUCUAGACAUACAAUGUGAAUCAUGUUUAAAAGGUAAAAAUUUCAAGAGUUUUCCAAAAGUUUCUGUUUCUCCUGCAACAACUGCGCCUUUACAAUUAAUUCAUACUGAUAUUGCUGGUCCUUUUGGUACAGCUGGUAUUCAUGGUGAAAAUGUUAUGCUUAUCAUUGUGGAUGAUUUUACAAGAAUGAAAUUUGUAUUUCCACUCAAACAUAAAAGUGAAGCUGCUGAGGUUAUUAUUAAUUGGAUUAAUCAACAUGAAAGAUAUUUCACUUCAAGAGGAGGUUAUCGGGUUUCCUCAUUACGCUCCGACAAUGGGGGAGAGUUUGUCAACUCAAGACUUCAGCAAUUCUGUGUCCAUCAUGGCAUAAAACAAGAAACUACAGUUCCUUAUAGUAGUGAACAAAAUGGUGUUGCUGAGAGAGCUAUUCGUUCUAUUGAAGACAAACUGAGAGUUCUAUUAGAAGAAGCAAAAUUAACCGAAAAAUUUUGGUCAUACUCCAUGGUGUUGAGUUGA